AUGACAGAUACCUCCUCAGUCGCCAACACGCAUUCAACCACGGAGCCAACUUCGGUCACCGUCCCUCUGCCCUCGCCCGCCCUCAACGGCGCCGGUGCCGACCCCGUCGUCCCGGAAGAGGAGGAGCCGUACACCAUUCGUUGCAUCUGCAACUACGAUGAUGACGAUGGCAACACGGUCUUCUGCGAAAAGUGCGAGACCUGGCAGCAUAUCGAAUGCUACUACCACCGCGUGGAUGUCCCCGACAUCCAUUUCUGCGAAGACUGCGAUCCACGUGGCAUCGAUCGACUCGCCGCCAUAGAACGGCAGCGGGCUGUUAGGGAACAACAGAGUGACGGUGGCAAUGACCGAAAAUCCAAACGUUCGGGUUCGAAGGGUCAGAGGAAGAGGGCCAGUAAGGAUCCUGCCGACAAGGUGAAUGGCAGCUCCCACCACCGCUCCGACUCGGGUGGUCGCGACCAUCCGGCCAAGAAAACCAAAUCUAAUCAUCGCUCGUCCAACUCAAUCAGCUCUUUGGCCGCUAUUCCCGCGUUCCAACCGGACGGGCGCAGACGAGCCACCGCUUCGAUGAGUCCGACCAAAUCUGGUCCCUCCAUUCCACUGUAUUCCAAGGAGUUUCUUCAUCUCUAUGACCACGACUAUGGACAGGCCGAUAACAUGUAUAGUAAUCUCUUUGUGAACCUGCCUCUUGCCGCAGACCUGGCGUCAUGGGUGACAGAACCCGCGGCCUUGGCUCGCGUGGCCAAUGGACGCUCUGCGCAGGACAUUUUUACGUGGGCGGAUGCGGGUCUCGACAAAUCUCAAUGGCCGGCAUUAUCUGUCGAGUCGGUCACCGACCCCAGUGUCGAAGUCGACGGGAUUCGUCCCAUGUGGAAAACUCUCAGGACCCAGGACAUGGUGGCCAAGGAUGAAAUCGUUGGGGAGAUUACAGGCAAGAUUGGGCAUCUACGAGAUUACUGUCUCGACCCCAACAACCGAUGGCAGGAGCUACGGCAUCCGGAACCCUUUGUAUUCUUUCACCCUCAACUUCCCCUCUACAUUGAUAGCCGGCACGAAGGGAGUACGUUGCGCUAUGUGCGGCGCUCGUGUCGCCCUAAUGUGACAAUGAAGACUUACAUUACCAACGAAGUGGAAUAUCAUUUCUGUUUUGUCGCCAAGGAGGACAUAUCCGCCAACACUGAGAUUACUGCCAUGUGGUAUCUGGAUCCGCAGUUGUUUGAAGCAACCAACGGCCUGGUCAAGCAGGAGUCCAGCGACAGCGCACAGGACAUCGCAGCAAGCUGUAUCAGUAAUGUCCUUGCCAAUUUUGGCGGUUGCGCUUGUGAUCCACCAUCGAAUUGCUUGCUUGCCAAUGUGGAUCGUCGGCGACAUGCCAAGUUUCCCGACGGUGGCGCCAAGUCGACCGCAAACGGCAAGCGCAAGAAGUCCAAGCGCAAACUCACCAUGUCUCCGCCACCGCCUAACAGCCGCGCGGACAGCGAAGCAAUGAAGCAUACCGAUGACGACGAUGCCGCUGAUAGUCGAUCCGUGUCUGGCUCGGCUCGAGGGCACGCCGGCAGCCGCGAUCUUACACCUACCCACGACGGUCCACUCUUUGGAGACUCAGAAUUGUCGGCUCGAGAUAAACGCAAGAUCGCUGCUGCUGAAAAGAAGUUCCAGCAACUAGAACAGGAUCAACAAGCAGCGACCCAUGGUCGGAAGAAAAAGCGGACAAGCGGUCCCUCCACACAGCCCGGACCACUUGGUGGCGCAAGCUCCAUGACUGGCGGCAAAUCAGUACAGGUGGACACGGCCGUUGGGCGGCACUCCCGCUCGCCGCCAUCAGCGAUCUCCCCUGGGACUAUGGUUGUUGGUGUACGCAAGCUGUCAAGUCCUGGCACUUCUUCAGUGCCGUCGCCACUCCGACGCGCGCCGUAUGUCGAUUCCGCGAUGCAGACCGACCCAGACGAGGCAGACGUGGAAGAUGUACCCACUACUUUUCCGCUGCCAUCGCCUCGACGGCCCAGCUUUGUGCCUCUCACGCAGCGGCUGCUCAAGCGGUGUCAUGCGGAUUGGGCACGAUUCGAGCAAUCUAAUGGGGAAAAGCAGACUCCAUCGGAGCAUGGCCUCCAGUCCCCCGCUUCGUCCUCUGCUGCCACACCAGGUGAUGGUCAGUUGUCAUUCCAGUCUGCUUCACCAAGCGUCUUCACAAAUCAGGAAAAGGAGGAUGUAGAGAUGAAGGACCUAGGUUCGCCGACUCCUUACAGGCCACAGUCAUCCGACGUGAUGGAUGUGGAACCUUCAGGUCCACCGUCACCAGCACCGGCAAUUUCGUGGUCAGUCAAGCCGCCAAUGCCCCCACCAUGGCCAUCCACCGCUGCGCAUGGCACUCGAAUACCCCCGGAUCCUCUGGUCAAUGGGCAUCGCGCCAAUUUGCACAUGUCCCUUCCACCUCCCAACCUCACAUCAUCCACGGCGAGUCCGGGGUCUGGUACACCGUCGACCAUGUCACCCGCAUCGACCAUGGAUGCGGCCUCGCAGCCUACUCCAGGGUCUAGUGUCGCAGCGCCCAGUCCGGUCAAGAAGAAGCUGAGUUUAGGGGAUUAUCUCAUUCAACGACGUGGCACGAUGAACACGCCGACGACUGAAAAGACCCAAAUUCAAGCCAGCGCCAUGCUUCCUCCACCUCCUCAAAAGUCGCCGUCACAGAUCAAUGACAACCAACCUGAUGGUGUCUCUGCGCAGUCCAAGCCUGAUAGCGCACCAGAAGCGGCUAAUUCGGAUGGACCUGUCUCUUCUGAUAUCACGAUGAAGGACAUUUCUCCUCCGGACUCGACCACAUCUCAUCUCCCCUCUGUUAUGUUCUAA